GUGGGAUUCGGGGGAGGAAACUUCGCCCCCUCCCCUCCCCUUCCCUCCCCUCCCCGCAGCAGCGGCAGCGGCAGCGGCGGGCGAGGCAGAGGGGGAAGCGCUGCGGGAAUUCGCACCCCGCGGCCGGAGAAGGGAGCUGGAGUGGAAACAGGUUGUUGGGAUCUGUCCGUGGGAGGAAGGGGCGGCUCUGCUCAGCCGCCAGCCGAGCCUGGGCUCUGGGAAAUGGAGCCGGAGCUGCUGCCUCGCCAGCCGGCCGGGUGCUGAAGGGGAUGGACAGCGAAUUGCUGCGGGGGAGCCUGGCCCCGGCGAGCUGAGCCCUUCCCGGGGAGCUGAGCCCUUCCCGGGGAGCUGAGCCCUUCCCGGGGAGCUGAGCCCUUCCCCAGCUCCCGAAGUUCCAGCAGCGCUCGGGUUUACCCACGGCGAGUCGCACCUGCCCCGCUCCGGGCUGGCAGGGGUCAGGCAGGUGAUCGCCUUUCUUUUUGCUCCUCUGCUGAAUACCGAGAAGGGUGCCUGGAAGCCUGGGAGAGCCUGGGAAAAGCCACGGUGGAGAGUUGUGGUGUUGUGGAUUUAUUUGGCACGAAGUGCUCGCGCCUCUGCUCGAGGGAUUCGUAUGGCGUGAAGGGCGGAGCUGGCAGCUGGCACCUGGGCCCCCAUGGAUCCCCUCAACCUCUCGUGGUACGACGGGGACAGGAACUGGAGCAGGGCCCUGAACGCCUCGGAGGCGGCGCAGAAGCCGCACUACAACUACUACGCCGUGCUGCUGGCCCUCCUCAUCUUCAUCAUCGUCUUUGGCAACGUCCUGGUGUGCAUGGCAGUGUCCAGGGAGAGGGCCCUGCAGACCACCACCAACUACCUGAUCGUCAGCCUGGCCGUGGCUGACCUGCUGGUGGCCACGCUCUGCAUGCCCUGGGUGGUCUACAUGGAGGUGGUGGGGGAGUGGCGGUUCAGCCGCAUCCACUGCGACAUCUUUGUCACCCUGGAUGUCAUGAUGUGCACUGCCAGCAUCCUCAACCUCUGUGCCAUCAGCAUUGACAGGUACACGGCCGUGGCCAUGCCCAUGCUCUACAACACCCGCUACAGCUCCAAGCGCAGGGUCACCGUCAUGAUCGCCGUGGUCUGGGUGCUCUCCUUUGCCAUCUCCUGCCCGCUCCUCUUCGGCCUCAACAACACAGACGAGAAGGAGUGCAUCAUUGGCAACCCCGCCUUCGUGGUGUACUCCUCCAUCGUGUCCUUCUACGUGCCCUUCAUCGUCACGCUGCUGGUGUACGUGCAGAUCUACAUCGUGCUGCGGCGGCGCAGGAAGCGCGUCAGCACCAAGCGCAGCAGCCACGUGCUGGACUCGGACACGCAGGCCCCCCUGAAGGACAAAUGCACUCAUCCAGAAGACGUCAAGCUCUGCACAGUUAUUGUGAAGUCCAAUGGGAGCUUCCAAGUUAAUAAGCGCAAAGUGGAGGCAGAGAGUCACAUAGAAGAGAUGGAAAUGGAGAUGGUGUCCAGUACCAGUCCCCCUGAGAAAACGGCCCUCAAACCCACAGCACCAAGUAACCACCAGUUGAUUGUGCCAGUUGCUUCUAAUCGGGGCAACAACUCUACCCUGCAGGCACCCCUGAGCAGCCCUGGGAAGGUGGAGAAGAACGGCCACGCCAAAGAAUCCCACCACACAGCCAAGGUCUUCGAGAUCCACUCCCUGCCCAACGGCAAGACGAGGAACUUGCUCAAGGCCGUGAUCAGGAGGAAACUGUCCCAGCAGAAGGAGAAGAAAGCCACGCAGAUGCUGGCCAUCGUGCUCGGUGUCUUCAUCAUCUGCUGGCUCCCCUUCUUCAUCACUCACAUCCUGAACAUGCACUGCGACUGCAACAUCCCGCCGGCCAUGUACAGCGCCUUCACGUGGCUCGGCUAUGUCAACAGCGCUGUCAACCCGAUUAUCUACACCACCUUCAACAUCGAGUUUCGCAAGGCUUUCAUGAAGAUCCUCCACUGCUAAAAGUCACAAACAGCACCCGCAUUUAUUUUUUAGGAGCGCAGGGGGGAGAGGACGCGAUGCCAUCCACGCGCGGCGGGGCAGCCGGGGAGGGGGCUGGAGCUCUUGAGCUGGGCACGGCGCGGUGCCCGAGCGCCUGCUGGGCAUGCAACGAGGCGGGAGGGUCUCUCACCCUGCUGGGUGACCUCUGGACCGGUCCCGAGGGCGCUUUUCAGAGCCACCCCCGCGCUGUGUUGGAAGUGGAAGCGCAAGAAUCGAGGCGCUCUCGCUCGGUUCUCGCCCCUGGCCACCCGGCCUGGACACGGGGUGGCCACGGGGCCAGCAGGACGUGGCGCUGGGUCAGCGGCACAACUCUCACCAAAGACAAGGCCAUCCCUCCCGCUUGGAGCAGGAGCCAGCCAGGGCCUCUGCAAGCUCCGUGCAAUAGCUUUGCCUUCACCUCGAGCUGACUCACCCGGUGUUUAACUGCUGAAGCCUUCGGAAAUUACAUAAAAAAACCAACCCAAAAAACUUUCAGAGGUCCCCAGGCGGGUCGAGAAGGUUCUGCCACCCACAGACCCUGCAGCAGUGUGAGCCUACAAGCCAUGGGUGGAAGGGAGGAGGGGGCAUCAGUCUCACGUCAAACCAUGUGUAAAUAGCAAUGAAUAGGAGGGAUUUUGGAGCCCCAAGCCAAAAAAAAAAAAAAAAAGAGAUGGAGAGAGAAACUCAAGGAGUGGAACCCUGUCUUGCAUGGUGUGCAUCCAACAGGACCCCCUCACCUCCCAUCAGUGAUUUCUGCCCACCAGCAUCUCAUGUCCAGGCUCUGCCCAGGCUGAGAGCAGGGGAGGGGUGGCAGCGUGGUGAAUGUACAGACACGAGGACACUGUGCCAGGGGAGGCACCCGCAGCCCCAGGGGCACCCUGAGCACGCCAGCCAGGCCAGGGCUGGCUCUUCUCACCUAAACCAGGGGCCCCAAGGAGCACCUCGGGUCUGAUUUGCCUCUGUCUCUCCCCAGGGAGUGCAGAAUAACAUUGUGCCUAAUUUAAAUCAACAGUCAAGGAGAUAAAACUGUGCAUUUUGGAAAAAGCCAGAAUAAAAAGCCAAGAAAGCCCCUGCCUGGACCAGCUCCUGUGUCCAAGCUGGACUCUGGAAAGGUCUGGAAGUUUCCAGCAUCCCUUACUCUCUGCUAUGUAUUUUUCCAUGGAUUUUAGGAAUGGAAGCCCCACAAGAGCAUCAUUUCACCACGCUGAAUCUGGCACUGCCAAACCCACGCUGUACGUGCUGUUUGUACUCAGUUCACAUGACAUUUCGCAAUAUCUCUGUAAAUAAAACACAGCAAGGUGAAUAAAGCGAGGUGGAAAUAGGUUUGGCUAGAAAUUCCUGCAGGAUGUGGAGCAGCAGAGGGUUGCAAUAGCCAUAAACAGGGGCAGGCUCCCAGGGUGCAGUUUCCUGCUGUUUUCUAAAGGAGUAAAAACACAAUUGGGAGAGCAAUAGAAUCCCUUUUUUCUCUAUGCAGUCUGUGGAAUAUUCACUCCAUUUCUGCUUCAGAUGAGGUGGAGAUCUGGCAAGGGUUCCUUUAAUUCCCUGGAUUUCCUGUAUUGCUAACAGAGCACUCCAGCUCUGAGGCAGGAGGAGAUUACACCAAGCAGCUCUAGCACAUAAUCUCAGCUGCUUUCUAAAAUGGAAGCAGCAGUCCCACCUUAAUCCACAGGUUUCUGUUCCAAACCUGGCAUUCCUGGGAUGGGCUGGCAUCCAGGGGUUUUGAUUUUCAGCCCACAGCCUUGUGUCACAUUUGAACCUGGCUCUUCACAGCUGAAAACUGCAAAAUUGGGAACGCCAACUCGAGAGAUCUCAGGCACGCACGAGCUGUUCUUUCUUCCCCACAGUUUUCACCAAACAAAUUCACUCAGUGAUGGGAAUCACCUCAGACUUGUAGCCAAUAGUCACAGAAUGAUGCAAGGUUUUGGGGCAGAAAAAUAGCAACAAGUUACUGGUCCAUCUUUUAAUGUAUUUAUAAGCAGAAAGAUCCAUUUGACUUGGGGAAUUAACAGGUGGGGAGUUGAACAAAAAUAGCAAAAAUUACAUAUAUAGACAAAAAAAAAGCUUUAAAGCAUUUGGAAGUUGCCAUAGGUGAUGUUUGCCCUGUACUAAAGGCUGGCGUGAGCCCUCAGGAUAAGUGGAAUAAUAAUAUCCCUCAGGAUAACGUGGAAAAUAUCUUCACUUUGUGCCAUAAUUUUACUUUGUGUCCAGUUUUAACCCGAGGAAAAUCCUCAUUCCAAUGCUGUGUACCUCGCUCCCAGAUUUUUUUUUUCUGAAUCCAGAAGCAGAACCUUAUAGCUCAACCCACCUGAACCACUACCUGAAAAACUCUUCCAAAAUGCCACGGAGGGAAAAAAAGCUGCAGGAAAAGCCUCUGUCCUUCAUGUGGAGCAAAAAACCCAGGUGGGUUUUUUGGAUUUUGGAACAGGAUGGAUUUCCCAGAGCUGCAAUACUGGCUGUGAGGAAUCACCUGCAGCCCACCCUUCACCCCCAGGACACUUGAAGCUGCUCCUUCCUCACACUCCAGGCUAAAUCGUGGGAAUGUGAAUGUCCCCAGUGCCCUUGGGAAGGUGGCAGUGCCAGCUCUGGCCGUCUCUGCAGCAGGUUUUCCUUCCCCACAAAACUCCUGCACUUCCAGACAACAAAUGAAGCACUUUGAAAGCCAGGACUGAGCCUUCCCCUUCUGCAGACAGCACCAAAGUCAUCCUCACCUCUGGCUUCCCACGGAGGGAAGCAGUGCCAGGAGCAGGGGCAGAGUGUGCUGACUCCAGGAGAACCUGGGAGCUGUUUCUGGAAUUCCUCAGAGCCCAUCCUGAGUCAGGGACUUGGGAGCCUCUGCCACAGCUCUGAGCCUGGCAAACCUCGCUGUUCCUUCCACCCUGGAAAAAAACAAACCUCUGCUUCCCCGAGGACCUCUGCUGGCAGGACGUGCUGGUGUGGGAAGGGCACUGAGCUGGUUUUUAAAAACACCUUAAGCAGAAGAUUUCAUUUCUCUGUUCCUCCAGAACUCCAGAGCCUUGCUCUAGCCCCUCUUUUGGGAUUCAUGAUUUAUAACUGAAGCUUUCGUUCUGCUUAUUGAGUCUUCCUGUUCCUGCUUUCCCUCCCUGUGAUUCCCAGCUUGCUGAAGCCCUGGCUGGGGACCUCUGCACCCCCAAAGAGGUUUGAAUUAAAAGCCAGUGAAUUCUGCCUGCACUGUAUUUGCUGCUUGCCUGCUUGCUCCCACUCCACAGAACUGUUAAUCUUCCUGGCUGAAGAGUAAAUGAACUCCGGUAGGUCUAACCAGCUUAUCCAAUCCUGCUGAAAUAAAAAAUAAUAAUUAAAAAAAAAGGAAAACAGGAAAAAUAAAGCCACUACCUCUUGUGGUGAAAAUCUCCAGUGCAACCACGGCUCCCCAGGAGUCAGGAAUGUAUAAAUGCCCAUCACAGGUACGUGUGACACCAACCAAUGUCUUCAUGCAGCUCUGUCAUUAAAUAGAGACUUGCACAAGCCA